CGGUCCGACUCGCCCAACUGCCGGUUUUCCUACGGCCCUCGUGGGGCCGCAGUCCUCGUGGCCCCGCCCCUGCCUGAGCCCUCGCCUCCUUCGCCCGCGCAGUCACCACGCGGGGCGGCCGCCCGUGAAGUAGCUAUCACGGCUUGUGACAACGAAUAAAUCCCCGAGAUAGCGGCGCCCUCAGCAACAGCUGGGUGAGCAGCCCCGGCCCGGGAGUGGCGGCCCGUACGCGACCGUGAGGAGCGAGCGGCGGAGGCGACCUCCAGCCCGGCCUCGCACCAGCCACCCGGCCGGCGCGACAUGAGCCUGGUCUGGCAUCCACGGGAUGCUCCUUGAACCCCUUCUCCGGCUGUUACCUCUGGAGGACGGUUGUGGCCACACGGAUACGUAUUUUCCAGAUAGAUCAUUCUUUAUUCUUGCGAUCGCGGCGGAGCCGAAUGCGUUAUUUUUAAUUUUUUCAGCAAGCACUUAGCCAGCACUUAAUCCAGAAAAACAUCUUGCUGGAAGAGCCUAUAUUGUCCUCAUCAUAGUACAGAAGAAUUCAAGAUAGGACAGAGAGGCAGCAACGAAUGAAGACUAUAAAAGAAAAGAAGGAAUGCCAAAGACUGAGAAAAUCUGCCAGGACUAGAAGGGUAAUCCAGAGAAAACCAUCUUCAGAGCCUGUUUGCAGACUAUGCCUUCGAGAACCUGGGGAUCCUGAAAAGCUAGGAGAAUUCCUUCAGAAAGACAAUCUCAGUGUGCAUUAUUUCUGUCUUAUAUUAUCUAGUAAGCUGCCUCAGAGGGGCCAAUCCAACAGAGGUUUCCAUGGAUUCCUGCCUGAAGACAUCAAAAAAGAGGCAGCCCGGGCUUCUAGGAAGAUCUGCUUUGUGUGCAAGAAAAAAGGAGCUGCUAUCAGUUGCCAGAAGAACCAUUGCGUCAGAAACUUCCAUCUGCCUUGUGGCCAAGAAAGGGGUUGCCUUUCACAAUUUUUUGGAGAGUACAAAUCAUUUUGUGGAAAACAUCGCCCAACACAGAACAUCCAACAGGGGAAAUUGAGGGAGGAAAACUGCGUCUUAUGUUGUGAAGACUUAUCUCAAGCGAGUGUUGAGAACAUCCAGAGCCCAUGUUGUAGUCAAACUAUCUACCACCGCAAGUGCAUCCAGAAAUAUGCCCACACAUCAGCAAAGCAUUUCUUCAAAUGUCCCCAGUGCAACAACAGAGAAGAGUUUCCUCAAGAAAUGUUAAGAAUGGGAAUUCAUAUUCCAGACAGAGAUGCUGCCUGGGAACUUGAACCAGGGGCUUUCUCAGAGUUAUACCAGCGCUAUCAGCAUUGUGAUGCUCCAACCUGUCUGUAUGAACACGGCAGAGACACCUUUGAGGAUGAAGGGAAGUGGUGCCUUAUUCUGUGUGCUACGUGUGGAUCCCAUGGAACCCAUAGAGACUGCUCCUUUCUUAGAUCCAACGGCAAGAAAUGGGAAUGUGAGGAGUGUUCACCUUCUGCUUCAAUCACAGACUAUGUACCUGAAAACUCAGAUGACAUCCCCUGCUGCAGCAGCACCUUCCACCCCCAGGAGCAACUCUGCAGAGAUUCCAGUCUGGGAGAGAAUCCAGGCCCUUCUUGGAAUGACUGGCCAGGAACUUCCUCGGUAGAAAAUCCAGAGUCCUCUGAUGGCAGGAGGAGCCAUUCCUGGCAGUCCAAGGGAAUCAAAACCCCUAAGAGCUGCAAAAAAUCCCAGUAACAGCUUCUGAGUAGUUGCUGCCAAGCACAAUUAGGUACGAAGUAGCAUUCCUCCAUUGGGCUUGGGGGAGGAGGGAGCAUUUGGGGACUGUAAGACAGGGAAAGAGGGCCAGCAGUAAGACUAUGAGCCAAGCAAAGAAACCCCAGGAGAGUGUGAGGGAAGAGCAGAGUCAAGAUGCCAACAGCCAGAUGUAUUUGUGGCUCUGAGAGUGCCUUUGCUCUUUCCUCCCAGUUCUCUUUCUUCCACCUUAAUCUGGUUCUCAUAUGCCUCUUCUUA